AUGGACAUGACAUCUAUCGAGUCGCUUGCCCCUACCGUCAAGAAGGCGAAUUCCUCUCCAAAAGUGUCUUUCUUUUCCUUGGCACUCGAGUUACGACAGAUGAUCUACGAAGAAGUCUACGACGUAUGGUGGGAGUACGGCAUAUGGGCCGAAGACGGUGACUCGGGCAUAUACCAUUCCCACAGUGGCUUUCCGAAUGUCAGACUCAAUGAAGUGUGCCGGCAGAUGUACCAGGACGUCACACCGUACAUCUACAAGAAAGUUUCAAUCAGCGACUAUUUCGACGACUGGGAUAGAUUCUUCACUAGCAUCGGCGCUCACAAUAUUUCCAACAUCCGCAACCUGACCCUCCACUAUAGCUGCUCGAUGCGCUAUAAAAAGGGGACAUGGGAACCCCAGUACUUAUGCUACGGACUCGACGAGAACAAGCUUGAAUACGACAGAUGGGAAACCAUAUUCUGGUGUCUCUCUCAGGCAAACCUCAAAGCCAAAUCGGUGAAGAUCACAUUCGACACCUGCGAUCCUGCCAUGUAUUAUUAA